CUCCAAUACUAGAGUUGUCCCGAUAAAACCAAACCCUCAUCAAACAACGCGGACCUUGCGAACUUUCCACGGCGCUUCUGUUUACCGUUUCAUCUCUGUACUCUAUAUCAGCUUUGUGAAAAUCGGUGCAGCUUUUAAGGCGUUGACCGUUUUGGAUCACCUCCGGAUUUGAAUAAUCCGACUAUCGGGUUAAUUGUGCGAGAAGAAAGACUUUAAUCCCCAUCUCUACUCAGCUUUCAAGAAUUGCAGAAGGCCGUGAUGCCGGGGCAUGAUAACUCAAAUGGGUCUUCAGAAAAAUCCAGCAGUGGUAUGGAUGAUUUGCCAACUUUCAAUGCUGAGAAUGUGCAAAACAACAUGAAAGUUAUUUUAUACAGCCGCACAUUCAUGGCAAUCAUUGGUGGUGUCAUUGCCGGCAUUCUGGGACUUACUAGCUUGACAGGCUUUAUCUUUUAUUUCCUUGUCAUGGCAAUAACUUCGGUAGCACUCACAGCAAAGGCCAAGUUUUCAAUCCACUCCUACUUUGACAGCUGGAACAGAGUCAUGAUUGAUGGAGUUUUUGGCGGGCUUAUGUCAUUCGUGCUUUUCUGGACAUUCGCAUAUGACAUUGUGCAUAUAUUCUGAGGAUCCCUUCCCGUGCGAGAUGAAGACCUUUGCUAUCCCAAGAAGAUGCUAAGACAUUUUCAAGUUCAAAGUUUGCACUCAUGAUAUUUUCGUUCUAUUAAGCUUGCAAGAAAGUUUUUAGAGUUGAGAGUAGUUGAACAUUUGAUCUUGAGAAAAGUUUUUGGUUAGGUAAUUUAUAUUCAGAGCUUAAAAGCUCGAGUAAUUGCAUAAGCAGUUGAACAUUCCAUAUACUGUUGAAUGAUAUAGAGAGCCGGUAAUCUUAGUGAAAUCUAAUUGUUCAGGUUCAACAAUUGAGCCUUGUACUGUUCUUAAUAAGCACUAUUGUGGUUAUACUUUUGAGUUUUGACUGCAUAUUGGCUUCUCGAAAGGUAGAAAAUAUAGGUUUUGAUUGGA